AUGUCCCAUUUUAUAUGCCUAAAGGUGGUUUCAGACCACCUCGAAGUUCGUCAGUUCCAGAUCAAAUCCAAUCUCCAGGAGAACAGAAGAGAGAUCAAAGAGACAUUCAUUGAAAUCAUGAAACCAGAGAUUGCCAAGCUUAUUGCCUUUAUGCAUUUUCAGGAAAGGGCAAUUAAUGAAUUCUGUGAAGACUUCAAGCGAUUGUGUCACAUUGAGAGAAGGAAUGACUUUGUGUCUGAGUCUUACCUUUUAACCCUUGGUAGACUUAUGAACAUGUUUGCUGUACUUGAUGCCUUGAAAGAUAGCAAAGCCAGUAUUAGGAAUGACAACUCAGCAUACAAUAGGGAUGCUAACUUCUUGAGGUCAGCUAUUGACAUUGCUGCAGUCCAGGAGUCCCAGAAGAUGACAAUGUUCCUAGCCACUAAUCAAUCCAUUACAAACACUCUCAAAGCUACACUAGUCAAGAUUGAAGGAUAUGAAGACAUGAUUGCUGAUGUUGUUAAUCUUUGUGUAAAGCUCUUUGAUAAUGAUCAGUUUGUGUUACCAGCAGAGAAACAUCUCCUUGUUAAGGUGAUAGGAAUAGGCCUAUUCCUGAUGGAUAAUGAGACCAACAGUAUUUACAGUCAGAAGAACAAACUCAAUCUUUCAAGGAUUGACAAGAUCUUUAAGAAACUGGAAGUGGUACCGCUGUAUGGAGAUCUUCAGAUCUCUGUCCUCUCCUACAUCAAGAAAUGUGGCAAUUAUGAAACCCAUCAGUCCUUCUGGAAGAGUGAAAACAUCACAGCUACUGGUUCACAGUUCAACAUUCUCAGACAGCAGACUAGUCUAAGGGAUGAGCAUACCAAAUACCUUGCACAGCUGGUCAAGUACAACAAGACACAUCCACAAUGGAAGAUUAGUGAGGCACAGAACAAAGACAAGCCCAAAAUGAGAAGUGAUGCUGAAAACAAAGUGAUCUAUGACCUUGCUCUGGAAGGAUUAAGAUUACUCUCUAAACUCACUGCACUAGUUACUGAAAUGUUCUCCUGGAAGCUUCUUCAUCCUAGCACCAGCCAUAAACCUGAGGUAGAGAAAGCAGAGGAGUAUGAGAAGGCAACACGAUUCAACUACAACCAGAAAGAGAAAUUUGCUCUGAUAGAGAUCAUUGCUAUGAUCAAGAGUCUUCAAGCGUUCAUGAGUAAGAUGGAACCAUUCUUUCAAGAUGCUAUUCAUCGGCAUAUCUACAGUGAGAUACAAGACUUUGUUCAGCUGAUCCUGAGAGAACCAAUGAGGGCAGCAGUCAAGAGAACAAAGAAAAAGAAAGGCACUCUUAUCUUAAGUAUAAUCCGAGGAGUAAGAGAGAGUUGUUGUGAUUGGCUAGAAGGUCAGCAGCCAUCAGAUGAUCCAAUCUUGAAGGGUGACAAGGAUCCAAAGGGUGGUUAUACUCCAAAGAAGGUUCCUAGGAAAUCAAUUGGACCAUCUACAACCCAGCUAUACAUGGUACGAACCAUGCUGGAGUGUUUAACAGCUGAUAAGGGUGGUUCUGGCAAGAAGACUUUGAGAAAGGAGCUCCAGGAUCUUGUACCAAUAGAACCAUUUGAGAAGUUCCUUGAAGCUUCAUUCUUCUAUCUUCAUAUGAUCAAUCUACCAGAUACAAUACGUAGGUGUGGUGAUUUGUCUCAGCUUUGGUACAGGGAAUUCUACCUAGAGAUGACUAUGGGAAAACACAUUCAGUUUCCAAUUGAGAUGUCUAUUCCAUGGAUCUUAACUGAUGAGAUCUUAACUGCUAAAGAACCUGCACUCAUGGAAUAUGUGUUUUUCCCUCUAGAUCUGUACAAUGACAGUGCACAAUAUGCUGUAGCAAUAUUCAAGAAACAGUAUCUAUAUGAUGAGAUAGAGGCUGAGGUCAAUCUGUGUUUUGAUCAGUUGGUAUACAAGUUAGCUGAGAUGAUCUUUGCUUACUACAAGGAACUGGCUGGAAGUAUGCUACUAGAUAGACGAUUCAGGAAGGAGUGUAAGAAGUAUGGUAUUGAUAUUCCAUGUCAGCAGGCUAACAAGUAUGACAGUAUCUUGAGACAGAAACAUGUACAGAUCCUUGGUAGAUCAGUGGAUAUGAGUAGAUUACUCUCCCAAAGAAUCAUCCAAUCAAUCCUUAAGAGUCUUAAAUUGGCAAUCUCAAGAUUUGAAGGUCAUGGCAUCAAUGAAGGUCUCAUUGAGCUUGAUUGUCUAAUCCAGAUCAACCAGUUAGCUCAUAUGAUGAUGAGUAAACACCUGAUGUUACCAUCAUUUCAAUCACUAGUAGAGGAAGCUGAUAGUAAUGUAGGAGGACCAUGUGGGACUAUGGCUCUUAAUCUAGCCUUAGAUCUUAGCAGUGAGAUCCUACCUAAAUACUGCUUCAAUGGAACUACUCAGAGGUUUGUUCGUACCAAGCUCAUGUUCGUUGAAGAGACAAGCAAGGAUAAACCAGCCAAUGCACAGCCUGCCUAUUACUUUGGAAGCAAGACCUUGAAUGCAGUAUAUCAGCAGAUAGCUGGUCUUUAUCAAGGUUUCAUGGGAAUGGAACACAUCCGCAUCAUGGUUCGUCUCCUUGGAUACCAACAGCUUCAUGUUGUCGUAGAAGAACUGCUCAAGAUUGUCAAAGGCACAAUCCAAACUUUAUGUCUACCUUACGUCAAAGUGCUCCUUCAAGAAGCUAUGCCUGCCAAGUGUAAGAUGCCAAAGACAGAAUAUGGAACUCAAGGUCUAGUAGUAUACUACUAUACACACGUCCAGGAUGUCGUCCAGUAUUCAGAUCUCAAGACACAUACCCUUGGUGCUUUCCAGUCAGUAGGCAAUGCUGUCAUCUUCUUUCAUCUACUAGAUCAGGUCCUUAAUGUGGAGGAAGCCUUUAGUUUGUUCCAGGCAUCACCUUUCAUGAACAUCUUACCCAAGCCUUACUGUGCAAAGGGUGAGAAGCUAGAAACCAAGAUCAAACAGAUGGAACAGAACUACGCACCCCUUCACAUAUGUCCUCUCAUGCAGAAACUUGGUACAAAAGAGCAACUGCGCAAUGCCCAAGAGAAUGAUCUUCUACUGAGAGAGCGAGGUGCCUGUGGGACUAUAAUCUUCAAGGAGAUUUUAAAUCGUAUCAGGACAUUCCUUGAUGAUCCAGUAUGGAGAGGUCAAACUGAACCAGAGAAUGGUGUCAUGCAUGUUGAUGAGAGUAAUCUUGAAUUCCAUCGUCUAUGGAGUGCUAUCAUGAUAGUCAUCUGUAUGCCACUCAAUACCAAUAACACCAGUGUAGAAGAAGGUUAUGGAGACGGUCUGAACUGGGCUGGUUGUACCAUCAUGACACUUCUCAAUCAAGCAAGGAAGUAUCAACUGUUAGACUUUGCUUCUCAUAUUCAGAGGGUUAAUGAGGUUGAUGGCAAGCUAGCUGACAUCAAUGGCAUAUGUGUGAAGAGGUAUGUUGACCGCAUCGGCAAAUACCAGACCCUCAACCAACAGAUAUUUGAGGUUCUUAACAAGGCUCUUGAAAUGGGUGAAUCUGAAACAUCUACAUCAAAUGUCACAUUCUAUCAACCUCCUCUCCAUGAAUCACAAGUCAAGAAUAUGUAAAGAACAAACAGUAUUCUGUAUAAACAUUGGCUUCAUUGAGCUAAGCUCAGUGACCUAACAUCAACCUCUUGUCCAGGAUUCACAAGUACAGUAAAGAAUAUGUUUGAAUAAUCUUCAGAAUGAAUAUUGGAUUUAGAUCUUGUUCACGGCAAUCACCUAAAACUUACCUUCUCUUCAGGAAUCUAAAGUCACCAAUAUGAAAACAUAGGUUUCAUAAUAUUUCAUCAAAAGAUCUCAGCACAUGAUAGAAUUAUUCUUUUUGUAGAAAGAGGUCAAUUAACGAAAGAGAAUAUAUAAUGUUUAUGGAAGUUGGUAUAUCUGUGAAUUGUUGAAUUCUUCUUCUUUUCUGCAUCCAAACCGGUGAAUGAAUAAAACUUCAAAGUCACAUUUAAAAAACUGCUUUUUGUCUUUAGAGGUGGUGUGUGGAAUUUUGUGUGUGCUUGGCAACCCUUUUCUUUAUUCCAUCAAAAUGUAUUGUCUGUUUGAAAUUAAUUUUUAUCAUGGGUUUUGUUAUAAUUGAUCGCUGUUUAUUCCACUAAAUGUCAGGUACCUAACAUUUACAUGACUAUAGAUUCAUAUUGUAUGUUUUGUACUUAUUACUUUUUAUAAUUUAUAUAUUUUGAAUCUGUUAUGCUACAAUUUAUAUUCAUUUUGAGAUGAUUUUUUUUUGCCGGUUUGAACAUUCCUUUAAUUUAGUACCAGGCAGAACUAGUCUAAGAUUUUCUGGUAUCAUAUGGGUAUUUGAAUGAAUUAGACAAGUUAUAUGGACUUGGCAUCAUAUAGGCCCUCAGUCAAGCUAUUUUGAUAUCAAGGCCUGAAUCUAUUGCCAAAUAUGAGUCUUCCACUUAGUCUUCUGUAGCUAUCAUAUUUUGCUCAGUUACUGCUGUUAUAUAUCUGAUAUGAUAAUAUUCAAUUUACUACAAUAUUCUACAAUGAUGCCUUGCUUUAAGUGCCUUCCAUAACCAACAUUGCUUCAUGUGUUCAGCUAUGAUGAAAUAAAUGUCUUACAUGGUUACAUAUUUUUCAUUGGAAAGCUAAUAAUUAAUCUAUCCAUAUUUUGUUUAGUGUGUAAUGAUAAACUUGAUAAAAAGAUAUGAAAUAUGUUGAAAUAUGGGAAGAAUGUAUGUCACAUCUAGCCUUACUUACAUAGUUUGAUGAAUCAUUCUUAAAUUAUGCAAGAUUGUAAUUUGAUAUACAGGAUACAACUACUAGCCAAACAAUGAUCAGAAUAAUUUCAGUGGAGAUAUUAUUAACUUAGAAUGUAUAUUUUAUAUUGAGAAUGAUGAUUUAUAUACAUGUACAUUAUGUAUCAAAGUCUAUCUCAUAUACUAGUAUAUCUGUUCAUAUACCAAGUUUAGGAAAAAAAUAUUAGAAUGUAAAAGACUUUUUUAUCAUACUUAUUUCUUUACAAUGUUGCCAGCCUUCCAUAUUCAUAUUAUUUUGCAACAAAGAUCAAGAAAAUGUAUUUUAGUUAAAGUACAACAAACUGAACAAAGCCUUGUAAUUUUUGCUGCAUGUAUUAAUAUUUUGAGAUCAUGCUAUCUUAUUAUUUCACCAUGUCACAAUUCAACAUGUCAUAUCAUUCUUUAUACAACCCCUUCUUCAUAUUUUGUGUAUCACUAAUUGACCAUACACAGUAAUCUAGCUAAAUCCACAAGACUUGUUAUCUGCACCCCCUCCAUUUUCAAAUGUGUUAUUUGUGCCUCUCUCUUUUUCGAAAUUUUGGAUCCGCCACUGUACAUGGGCUAUGUACAGAUAUGAAUAUUAUAUGAAUCACUAUAUGAAUUGAAAUAUGAUUAUUCAAUGCCAUUAAUGAAAAAUUGAGCUUUUAAUUCAAAGUAUUAUUAAUGAUUUACUUGCUUAUGUAGUGCCUAACAUGUACCUUAUCAGGAGUGUUGUGCAUCAAUGUAACAUAAUAUAAUGAAUGAAAAUCCAUAUUUUAUUUUAAAAAAAUAAAUCUGAGAUUAUAAAUAUUCAGAAAAUUCCUUUUUUUACCGAUUGAUCGUGGGACCGGCAGCCUCUGUGCAGUGCCAGAUCGAUGAGGCUCUAUCCCUUAAAUAUUGAACGCCAAACAGGGUAGCAGCAACUUCCAUCUUUUUACGUCUUUUGGUCUGACGCGGCCGGCAUUUGAACUCAUGACUUCCAAAUUGUGAGACGGACACUCCACUAACUGAGCCAACACAUCAUUCGGUGCAGAGCAAUGUUUUCCGGGAGUUUCACUUAUGCAGUUAACCCUCCUUUGCUAGAAGGGUAUUCAAGACUUACUAAAUAAGACCUGAUAAUCAGAGGCCACUGUACCAGGGUGUAGCAUAGUUAAAGGUCAAGUCCACCCAAGCAAAAUGUUGAUUUGAAUAAAUAGAGAAAAAUCAAACUAGCAUAACACUGAAAAUUUCAUCAGAAUCGGAUGUAAAAUAAGAAAGUUAUGGCAUUUUAAAGCUUUGCUUAUUUUUCACAAAACAGUGAUAUGCACAACUCCAUGAGAUGCACAUGAGUCAGUCGAUGAUGUUCAUCACUCACUAUUUCUUUUGUUUUUUUAUUGUUUGAAUUAUACAAUAUUUCAUUUUUUACAGAUUUUACCAUAGGGACCGACAUGACUGAAUUAUAUAGUAUUAAACAAUUCCACAUGUUCAGGGAGGAAUUAUUCACCGUUUCACUUGAUAAUGAGGAGAAAAUUUGAAUAUUUCAUAUAAUAAAAUACAAAAGAAAUAGUGAGUGGAUGACGUCAUCAGUCUCCUCAUUUGCAUACCAACCAGGAUGUGUAUAUAACUGUUUUGUGAAAUUAAGCGAAACUUUAAAAUGUCAUAACUUUCUUAUUUUACAUCCGAUUUUGAUGAAAUUUUCAGUGUUAUGCUUGUUGGAUUUUUCUCUUUUUAUUCAAAUCACUUUUUUGCUGGGGUGGACUUGUCCUUUAAAUAUGCUAUGUAUUUCAAGGAAAAUUCCUGCUAGGAUCCUAUUAACAUUUCCUGGGUUGAGUGCAGCAUCUAUGGAUAUAUUUCCUGCUGUAGGAAAUCAAUGGCCUUAGGCAGGAUUGGAACUCAUGACUCUCUGUUU